UUUCCAGAGCUUGAACUGACAGUACAAACCAGUCAUGUGUUCACUGGAGAAACAGUCACUCUGACAUGUGCAAUACAUCCUACAAGAGACUGGACAUAUGUGUGGUAUAAACAUGGGUUGUAUUUAUUUAAAACCUCUGAGACAAACACCUACACCAUCAGCAGAGCCACUAUGUCUGACCAGGGGGAGUAUAUGUGCUAUGGACUGAGAGAGAGUAGUGGGACAUAUUCACCUCAGAGCAAUACUGUUCAGAUUACAGUGGAAGAGCUGCCUUUGGCUACAGUGACUGUAGAGCCCAAGAGUCCUGUGUUCACUGGAGAGACGGUCACUCUGAAGUGUGUGAUGGAGUCUCUCAGUGGCUGGACAUAUAAGUGGUAUAAGGGGUCCAGCAGAACCCCAGUGUCUGAGGGAAACACCUUCACCAUCAGAGGAGCUGCAGAGUCUCAUAAGGGCCAGUACUGGUGUCAGGGGGAGAGGAGAGACAGACCCACAGCAUCACAACCAAGCAGGAAAAUAACUCUUAAUGUUAAAGCAUCAAAGCCCAAAGUCACAUUAAGUCCAGACCACCAGCUCCUCACAGGAGACUCAGUGACUCUGAGAUGUGAGUUGUUGGGUGUUUCCUCUGGUUUGGUGUUCUACUGGUACAAAGACACACAGACCUCUGAUCCUGUGGCCCAGACUGAUGGAAACUCCUACAGCAUCAGCUCUGUUAAAGUCUCUGAUGGAGGACAGUACUGGUGCAGAGCUGGGAGAGGAGACCCAGUCUUCUAUACUCAAUAUAGUGAUGCAGUUGAGAUCAAGUGUAUAGAAGGUGAUGUGAUCCUGGAGAGUCCUGUCCAUCCUGUGACUGAGGGAGAUCCUCUGACUCUGCGCUGUAGAUAUCGCUACCCAUCAAACAUCAGUGCUGACUUCUACAAAGAUGGGACACUCCUGCAGACCUCCACCACAGGAGAGAUGACCAUCCCUGCCGUCUCAAAGGCACAUGAAGGCCUCUAUAAGUGCAGCAACACAGAGAGAGGAGAGUCACCAGAGAGCCGGGUCACAGUCAGAGUUUUAGAUUCUGGGUCCUCUGAGUUGGUGGUAGAAGUAGGUGUGGUGAUUAGGCUCCUUAUAGCAUUUGCUCUGGUUAUUUUACUGGCCAUAUUACUGUAUCACUCCUACAAAGUUAAAGGUUCCGGUACAGUGGAGCGAAACCUAGACCAGCAACUGCAGACCACCAAUCAGAGUAGAGACCCGGACCAGACCACCAAUCAGAGUUCAGACCCGGACCAGAGGACCAAUCAGAGUUCAGAUCGGGACCAGCGGAAUCAGAUUCAGUCUGCAGGAAGAGAGGGGACUCAGUCAGAGUAUAUGCCUCUGCAGAAGAGAAGUACAGAUGACUAUUACACCCUCACACCCUUGUAUAUGCCACUGCAGAAAGGUACUACAGAUGUCUAUGAAACAAUUGAAUCAUCCAAGGACUCUUAAGAAGAUUAUGAGGAGGGAUAUGACGAUGUGGAUCUCCCUGAUACUUGAGAAAAUGGAAAAAUAUGUAACUUAUGACAGAUAAAGGUAAGGACAGGAAAUGUCCAAUGAAUAUUUAAAAGUUGAAUGAUGCAUGCAUGAUGGUGUAUGAGUUUACUGGACGAGGAAUUAUAAAAGCAGUAUGAUGUAAAUUUUCAGUAAGUUUGUAAAGUUCCACCUGUCAAGGCGUAGGACUUCCGCAACAUCACAAUAUUACCUUUGAUCCAUACUGUAAAUGUAUGAUUUAUUAUUAUGAGCUUUAAUGUAAAUGUUUUAAUGUAUGUUACACAUGUGUAUUCUCAAACGCAGUGUAUUACUCUAUUCUCUAUGGGACAAAAACACAAAAUGAGUUAUAAUUAGUGUGUGUUCUUUCAAAAGAGACCAGCAACACAACUUCAUGUAAAUAUGUUUUAUCUAAGUACAUUGUUGUAAUGUACUAACCAUCAUUAAAUCUGAACAGCAAACUUAAUUGUUAUAUAAUGGUAGGCAAUGAGCUCAUACAGUAUUUACAGUAACAUGAUAAUUUUAUGUGAAAUAUUACUCAGUAUUUUUAUUUUCAUACAUUUUUAUAAGGUUACUUUAUCUCAUGCAGACUUUCUGACUUUAAUUGUAAUACAUGUUUUUUUUUAAGUGGUGAGGUUUUUGUCUUAUAUGAACAUUUUUACACACUUAAAAGUACAUUUAAAAUAUAUCCAUAUAUUUCUGUUUUAAUAACAUGUUUUGUAUAUUGGAAAUA